AUUCAAGCCACUUGCAAAUCUGAAACUUGCAAUUGGUGCCCAUUGAUCUCAACACAUUCCCAUUCAUAAGAGGGUGUGGGGUUUUGUGUGAUCAAUAAGGUUCACUUGUCUCAACUCUGUCCAUCAGAGAUAUAUAGUGAAAGAGAGAGAGAGAGAGAGAGUCAUGGAUGCAAUUAUUGCAACCCUGAAUGCCAGAGCUAAUCUAGUCACUAAGGGAAUUGGAUCUAGAAACAGAAGUUCUUCUGGGUUCUGGGGUGAGAACACAAGGGGAAGCCUUAACAUCAGGUUUUGUAGUACUCCACGCAAGAGUUUAAAAGCUACAACUUUCAAGCCUGGCUUUGCACAAGCUGUUUACACACCAGACGUGAACAAAGAGCCACAGAUAUUCCAGGGACCCAUUUUUCAGAGUCCAAAAGCAAACCCGGAAAAUGUAGUUGCUAUCAUAUUGGGUGGUGGUGCUGGAACUCGACUCUUUCCUCUUACUAGCACAAGAGCUAAGCAAGCGGUUCCAAUUGCAGGGUGUUAUAGACUCAUAGAUAUUCCUAUGAGCAAUUGCAUCAACAGUGGCAUCAGAAAAGUGUACGUUUUAACACAGUUCAACUCUUUCUCCCUCAAUGGCCACUUAUCUCGCACUUACAAUUUUGGAAAUGGGGUGAACUUUGGAGGUGGUUUUGUGGAGGUCUUGGCUGCUACUCUAACUAAUGGAGAGGCUGGGAAUAAAUGGUUCCAAGGGACAGCUGAUGCAGUGCGACGAUUUAGUUGGGUUUUUGAGGAUGCCAAGAACAAGAAUAUUGAGCACAUCUUGAUCAUUUCUGGUGAUCAUCUUUGCCGGAUGGACUAUAUGAAGCUUGUGGAGAAACAUAUUGGGACAAAUGCUGAUAUCACAGUUUCAUGUGUGCCUAUGGAUGAAAGCCGUGCAUCAGACUACGAGCUGAUGAAAAUUGAUAGAAAGGGAGAGAUUACCCAGUUUGUAGAAAAACCAGAAGGAUCAGAUUUGAAGGCAAUGCAUGUUGAUACCACUCUCCUAGGCUUAACAGCAGAAGAAGCACAGACAUAUCCUUACAUUGCACCCAUGGGUGUUUCUGUAUUCAGAACUGAGACCCUACUGAAACUGUUAAGAUGGAGCUGUCCUUCUUGCAAUGACUUUGGAUCUGAAAUUAUCCCAUCUGCUUUGAGGGACCACAAAGUCCAAGCAUAUAUGUUCAGGGACUACUGGAAAGAUAUUGGAACUAUAAAGUCCUUCUUUGAAGCCAAUCUGGAACUAACAAAACAGUCUCCAAAUUUUGAAUUCUAUGAUCAAGAGUCGCCUUUCUUCACUUCCCCAAGAUUCCUACCACCCACUAAAGCAAUAAAGUGCAAGAUUGUGGAUGCAAUUAUUUCUCAUGGUUGCUUCUUGAGUGAGUGUAGAGUUCAACAUUCUAUUGUUGGUGUGCGAUCACGUUUAGAAUCUGGUUCAGAGCUUCAGGAUACCAUGAUGAUGGGUGCUGACUACUAUCAAACUGAUUCUGAAAUUGCAACUCUGCUGAAGGAAGGAAAGGUUCCAAUAGGUGUUGGAGAGAAUACUAAAAUCAGGAAUUGUAUUAUCGACAAGAAUGCCAGGAUAGGAAGAAAUGUGAUUAUAGCCAAUACUGAUGGUGUUCAAGAAGCAGACAGGCCUAUGGAAGGAUUCUAUAUUAGGUCAGGCAUCGUAGUUGUAGCGAAUAAUGCAACAAUUGAAGAUGGAACAGUCAUUUGAAGGAGUUAUUGGCAGAAACUACUUUAAUUAGGUUGCUGGUAUAUAAGUCUAAUGAAGGUAUAGAAAAGUGCUCCGUUGUAGACUACAAGUUACACUCAAUGUAACAACUCUUAGUUUCGGAAUAAAUAAUUUCUGUUGGUAUGUUUCAA